AUGCUGGUCAAACGGAAAGUUGCUGGGAGGAGUGAUGCUGCGGUGGCACAUUAUGCAUUUGGCCCUUUGGAAGAUGACAUAAUUAUUAAACAUAGGCUUCUUACUCGGACGACAACAACGCGAGGUGAACCGCCAUUGAAGAAGUUGCAGAAGAAGUUUACGGCCUUUGCUUUGGAGGUCGAGAAGGAAGGUGACAACUAUGGUGAUUGUGAGAGACUUGCGAAAGCAUUCCUACAGGAGUUGAAUACGUUUGAGAUCCCUCUGCUCAAGAGCAAAGCAGUGAUAGAUGCUAAUGUUAGGGAAAAGGAGAACUUCAAUGAGUUGAAAGAGGUCAUCAAUAAAAAGAUUUUGCAGGCACAGGAUGAUAUAGAGGACUUGAAAAAACAGCUUGAAGCUAGUAAGAUUGAGAGGCAGCAUAAAGAGGAGUGUGAGGCAAUUAGGAAGUUGAUAGCAAUGCAGCCGCCAAGGUCUGAGACUCAGAAGGUUAUCUCGAAACUGGAGCGGGAGAUUGAGAUGCUCGAGGCAGAAAACACUGCUGGUUCAAGGACACUUGAGCUUCGCAAAAAGCAAUUUGCCCUGCUGUUACACGUGGUGGAUGAGUUGCAAACCACAUUAGAGGAAGAGCAGCGGAGUUUGGUUGAGGAGAUGAGGAUGAGAGAUAUGUUUAGGAACAGAAAUACACAUUGGUGCCACCAGUGCCGUCGGCCGAUCCGUCUCCGGAACCGUGUUAUUUUGUGUCCAUAUUGCAAUGGAGGUUUUGUGCAAGAGCUUGGUGAAGACAAUCUGCUGGAAGCAGAAAUAAGUCAGGUCUUCGCAGAUGAACAAGAUGGUUUUGUAGGAGGUCACAGGGACAGUCAUUCUGGUGUUGGAUUCAUGGAACCUUUUCCUGGUCCAGGAGUUGGAAUUAUUGAUGCAUUUGAAGCUUUUAUGGGGCAGAGAAUGGCUGGAAGGAUACCCAAUUAUGAUAUUAGAUCAAGGUCAGGUAUGAUCCCUGAACAUAGUUUGGCUUUUGGACCUGGACCAUGGUUGAUAGUACGGGGUCAAGGUCCUCGUCACUUUUCCAACAAUGAAGCUUUUCAUUUCCUCUUGAAUGGUAGUCCAAGAAUGGGACAUCAUCAAGGUAACUAUGGUGAUAUUUUAAUGGGACCUGGCGGACUCCAAGAAUUGAUAGAACAGCUCACAAUGAAUGACAGGCAGGGCCCAGCCCCUGCUCCUCGUUCUGCCAUUGACGCAAUGCCUACUAUUAAGAUCACCCAAAGGCAUCUUAGUACCGACUCUCACUGCCCAGUGUGUAAAGACAAGUUUGAACUCGGCACUGAUGCCAGGCAGAUGCCUUGCAACCACAUUUAUCAUUCUGAUUGCAUCGUUCCAUGGUUGGUUCAGCACAACUCUUGCCCAGUUUGUCGUCUGGAGCUGCCGUCAUUGGCUUCUGAAAAUACUCGUGCGAGUCAAGGUGCAAGAACUGUUAACAUAAGCACUGAGAGUAGCAGCAGAAAUGGGGGACAGAUCCAUUCUAGGAGGAAUCCUUUCUCAUUCUUGUGGCCAUUUCGAUCAUCAAACCAGAACAAUGUAGACUGA